CCCCCACCGUGCCCCCCACCGUGCCCCCCACGACCUCGGGGCCCGGGUCUUCCAUGAUCUGGGGGGGGCAUCAGCGCUGCCGAAUCCGUGAGACGCCAACUCGCGCUCACCGUAUCCCACGACAAUUACCACCAACGACGAUCAUCGCUUAGGGGACACGCAGCUGCUGGUGCAUCAGCCAGUCAUCGCAGUCGGUCUACUCAUGGCGCUCCCUGGGUCUGUUCCGUGACCUCCUGCCAGCAGCGAGCCUUCGACACUUCACUUGGCCUCAAAAGAGCACCUAGCCUGGCACAGGCGCCGUGAGAUAUGAUCAGCCCGGAGGGCAGCGUGCCCAAAGCACGGUGGGACUCGCAAGCGAAGCCCCAGGCCGUGACGAUGGCAGCGAAUGUCUACACGAUCGGCGGCACCAGGGUGGAGUUCCCGUGCGUGCCGUACCCAUCGCAAGUGUCGCUCAUGAACGCCAUCAUGAGUGGCCUCAACGGCAAGGAGCACUGCCUGCUGGAGAGCCCGACCGGUAGCGGAAAGAGCCUGGCUCUGCUCUGCUCCACGCUGGCCUGGCAGAAGCACCAGUACGAGAAGCUGGCGAACGGAGACUCGGAGAAGGCCCCCGGAGAGGACAAGAGCUGCAAGGAGUCCGCGCCCCCCCAAACCCCCGCCCCGUGCGGUGGGGGGCCCUGCGACUGCUCCUGCCACUCGGCGCCCGGCGCCCAGGCGGGCGCUGCCCCCUCCGCUGCCGCCGAGGCCGGGAGCCGCUCCCCGUACUUCGGCACGAGCUGCCGUGCGCCCGGGGCCGCCCUCCCGGGCAACGGCGGCUCCCCCGUCACCUCGACUCUGACCCCCCCCGUGACCCCGGCGGUGGGCUCCCCCCUCGCGUCGCCGUACUUCCUGUCAGCGGCCCCGGGGAUGAGUCGCCCUGGCAAGCGGGGGUCUCCCGUGGACGGAGAUGACAAAGGGGAUGACGAUGAUUUCCAGGUGGAGAAACGGCGGAACAGAACCCCCCACGGCAAGGCGCUGGUGAUGAAAAGAGGCAUUCCCAAGGGCGUGCAUUACGAUGACGACAGUGGUGGCGUAAGCGAUGAUGGCGCUGCUGGUGGAGCUGGUGGUGCUGGAGACAAGGCGGGCGGCGUUGGUCACCCGAGGCCUCUCAUCACCCUGAACCAGAACGGUCAAAUCCCCGCGUGGAGCCCCGUCGGCAAAACCCCGUGCGGCGCCACCUGCUGCGGCUGCGGCUGCGGCUCGGCGGGAGUGGCGGCGGGGGCCCCGGGGGCCCCGGGGGCCCCGGGGGCCCCGGGGUCCAGCGGCCGCUGCGGCGGCCCGGACGGCGGCGGGGGCGGGCGGCGACCGACGCGGCCGCCCAAGAUCUUCUUCGGCACGCGCACGCACCGGCAGAUCACGCAGGUGGCGCGCGAGCUGCGGCGCACGGCGUACGCGGGCACGCGCAUGACGGUGCUGUCGAGCCGCGAGCACACGUGCGUGCACCCCGUCGUGGCGGCCUCGCCGCACGGGCGCAACGAGGCCUGCAGGGAGCUGCUGGACAACAAGAACCCCGCGCAGGGUGCCACGUGCUCGUUCUUCCGCAACGUCUACAAGCUGGGCUGCCAGGCGGCGCUGCCGUCGCUGGGGCUGGCGUCCGCGUGGGACGUGGAGGACCUGGUGAAGGCUGGCCGGCGCGUCGGGGCCUGCCCGUACUUCUCCGCUCGCGAGCUCAUGGAGGAGGCCGACAUCGUCUUCUGCCCCUACAACUACCUCAUCGACCCGCAGAUACGGCAGAACAUGGAGAUAAGCGUGCGGGAUCAAGUGGUGGUGCUGGACGAGGCUCACAACAUGGAGGACGCGGCGCGCGAGGCCGCCAGCGCCAGCGUGCCGCAGGAUGCGCUGCGCCGCGCCCGCGACGAGGCCGGCUCCCUCGCCGCCGCCGGGGUGCGGCCCGACGAGCACACGCGGCUACAGGCCGUGUGCAUCAGCCUGGACCGGUGGAUGACGCAGAGCACUCACCUGUUGAAAAGCCACGACUUUGAGAUGGACUGCCACAAGCUGAGCGGCCGCGAGAUGCUGGAGGUGUUGCACACCUGGGGCGUCACGGCUCACACCUUCCCCGAGCUCAAGCGUAGCCUGGGGCGCGUGCUGGAGAAGGAGGAGACUGUGGCGGGCAAAGGGCGUGACAAGGGUCGGGCGGUGAGCGUCCCCAUGCCGGUCGUCUCCGCGCCCUCACAGGUGCUGCUCGCAGCGCUCUUCCUCGUCCUCGACUUCAUGUUCCGUGACGGCUCCAGGUUCGCGGAGGAUUACCGCGUGGUGCUGAUGCGCACGCUGGCGUGGGGCGCUCCGGACCCGGACGUCCCCGACGCCGCGGGGUUCAUCGCGCGGCCUCGACCCGGCUCGCGAGCGCGGCACAAGCGGCAGCUGCUCACGGUGCACUUCUGGUGCCAGAACCCAGCCGUGGCUUUCUCGGACCUGAGCGCCCACGCCCGCACCAUCAUCCUCACCUCGGGCACGCUGAGCCCCAUGGCGUCGUUCUCCUCCGAGCUGGGAGUCUCCUUCACGAUCCAGCGCGAGGCCACGCACGUCAUCAACCCCUCGCAGGUGUGGGUGGGCACGGUAGGGCUGGGCCCCAGCGGGAGGGAGCUGUGCGCCACGUACUGCCACACCGAGACGUUCGACUUCCAGGACGAGCUGGGGGAGCUGCUGCUGAGCGUGUGCCAAACGGUGCCGCGAGGGGUGCUCUGCUUCCUGCCCUCGUACAAGAUGCUGCAGAAGGUGAGCGAGCGCUGGCAGAACACGGGGCUGUGGGCGGGCCUGGAGCGGCGCAAGCUGGUGAUGAGCGAGCCCCAGCGCGGGGAGCGCGCCGAGUUCGACCGCCUGCUGGAGGUGUACUACGCGGCGGUGCACAUGGAGGGCCAGCGCGACGGCGCGCUGCUGUUGGCCGUGUGCCGGGGCAAGGUGAGCGAGGGGCUGGACUUUGCCGACGACAACGCGCGCGUGGUGCUCACCGUGGGCAUCCCCUACCCCAACACGCGCGACCUGCAGGUGAAGCUGAAGCGUGACUACAACGACCUGCACGUGCGCUCGCGCGGCCUGCUGCCCGGGAGCCGCUGGUACGAGGUGCAGGCCUUCCGCGCCCUCAACCAGGCCCUGGGCCGCUGCAUCCGCCACCGCCACGACUGGGGGGCCCUGCUGCUGGUGGACGCUCGCUUCGGCAAGAACCCCGCCAAGUACACCGAGGGUCUCUCCAAGUGGUUGCGACAGCGAGUGCGGCACUACGCCGACUUCCCCAGCGGCCUCCGCUCCCUCGCGGCCUUCACGGAGGCCUGCCGGGCCACGCUGAGCCCCGCCGAUCCCGCCGGCCCCGUCGCGGCCGGGCCCUCUCCCGGCCAACCCGCGGCCGCGAUAGAGCCGGUCGCUCCCCCUCCCGGUCACGACGCCGCGUCGGACCGCGGCACGGCCGGAUCUGGCAAGGCCGGCCUCGCGCACGACGGCGGCGGCGGCCCGGCGACGCCCGCCCGCGACCCCCCUCCGGCCACGCCGGCGCCCGCGUUGGGCACCCCCGGCGGGAGACGGCAGCAGGGGCAGCAGCGGCAUUGGCGGGCGCGGGGACGGGGGGCGCGACACCGCGGCUUGGCGUCGAUCGCCCGCUUCCUGUCGCCUCCCGGCGGCCGCGGUGGAGCCGGCGUCGGUGCCGAACGGCGCGAGGCGACGCCGGCGCCGUGGCCCCCGGGCUCGCGGCACGGCCUCCCAGCGGAGGGGGGCGACGUGGUCGCCGCCAACACCGCCGCUACCACCACCUCCGGGGUCACUGCCCCCACCACCGCCGCUACCCCCGCCACCACCGCUACCGCCGCACUCGUCCCUGCCGCUACCGCCGCCGCCGGGGUCACUGCCCCCACCACCGCCGCUACCCCCGCCACCACCGCUACCGCCGCACUCGUCCCUGCCGCUACCGCCGCCGCCGGGGUCACUGCCCCCGCCGCCGCCGGUGCCACGCUCGUCCCUGCCGUUACCGCCGUCGGCGCCGCGGCGCCGCCGUGCCGGGACGACGCCGACGACGCCGACGAGCGUCGGUGCUACACCCCGGAGAUGUUUGAGCCGGAGUGGGAGGGGGCGGAGCGGGAGGAGAAUCCGGAGCGCCGCUUUGCGGCUCCGACCGCCGCCGCCGCGGCGGCCGCCUCGGAGAGCGACGCGGCGGAGACGGCGGCGGGACCGGUGGGGUCGGCGGUCGGGGAGGUGGAAGCGGUCGCGGAGGACGAGCGGGAGGAGACGGAGGCACCGGCCCGCGGCUCGCCGACGAGCCCCGGGGACGGCGGCGACGGCGGCAACGGCGGGGACGGCGGGAACGGCGGUCUGUGCCGCAGGGUGAGGUUGUCCAAGACGAGGCAGCGGCGCGAGCGGCGCGAGUCGGGCGGCACCAGAACGCCGUCGUGGUGAGGAGGCGCGGGGGGGCCCUGAUUCCUCGCUGCGAGCAUCGAUCUUGUUGUUUUCGACGUGACGCUAAAGUGCGCGUGCGUGUGUGACCGUCUGCGGCGGUCGCCCGCUCAAGGUUCUUUUUCGGGAAAUUCCGUCGUGGCCCUCGGCCCGGGCGGAGCACGCUGUGUAAACGCGCCGCGGUGGCUCGGAGAUGUUAACUACCUCGCCUGGUAUACCGGAGGUCGUGGGUUCGAUGCAGACCCAGACGACGCCUGCUGCUGUAUCUUUGGAGUUUGCGUGUCUCUCUCGCUCUCUCCCCGUGGGCACGUGGAUUUUUCUCCGUUGCGUUCGUUUCAA